AUGGAAUACCAAGACGUCUGUGUACCGAAGCUUAAGUCGCCGUCGGAAUAUAGUUACCAACGUGAUCUUGAAAUGCCGCUCAUGCCCUCCUGUAUGUUUCAACAGUCGCCUAACAUGGCGCUCAUGGACGCCGGUUCCGGCAACUCCACCCGCGCCAAGCUGUUCCGGUUCCAUAUGGUAAAAGAGAAUAGCGCGGGGUGCCGCCGCCGGCUUGACUUUAACCAGGCAUGCGCCGGAAACAUCUACGGACUUAAACCUGGUCAACAAAUCACCGUCGCACGUCGAAACGAGCGUGAACGAAAUAGAGUGAAACUUAUAAACAUGACUUUCGCAACCCUCAGGGAUCACUUGCCGUACGAACCGGAAACUACAAAAACUAAGAAAAUGAGUAAAGUGGAUACCCUUAAAGCCGCUAUAGAUUAUAUAAAACAUUUGCAAGGACUAGUGGACAACCACGAUGCCGUGAACGCUGUGCUCAAUGAAGCGUGCGCAAUAGACAGUAUGCAGUUCGAGUUACGCGCAUGCGCAACCAGUUCCCCGGAGAAAUCGCCACUGGAAGUGACUCGAGAAACGGAAGAGGGGGGUUUUGACGCCUUAAGUGCGGAGGAGGAAGAUCUUCUUGACUUCACCAAUUGGUUUUGA